AUGUCUUCCCCCGCCCCUACAACUCAGAGCAUCACCCGGCGACCAACCCCAAACACCGCCAUUGUGCGAGUCAAGAAGCUGCCAGAAUACCAGAGAUGGGUUGAACUUGGGGGCCUAGAUGAAUUUGCGAGAGAUCACAAUAUAAGCCCCGACUUUGUGAAUCGUCUGAGCGAAUUCAAGCCCGCGAUUAGGGGAGCCUACUACGCCAAGCUACGUACUAUUCCUGGCCUAGAGGCUGAGAUGGCAUAUCACCCGCCAGUUCAUAAGUCGAUUAUAAGUAUGGCUGCCGCACAACGCUUCAUGGCGUUGGCCGAGGGUUGGGAUGAGGAAGAUAAGGAGGAAAAAGAAGAGAAGGGAGAAGAGAAGGGAGAGAAGGGAGAAGAAAAGGAAGAGAAGGAAGAAGAGAACGAAGAUAAGGAAGAAGCGGCUUCGAGUGUGGGAAGCAAGAGCGUGAGUCGGAAGGCUCAUUCCAGAUUGCAGCAUCCCAAAGUCAAGACUAACCUUGGUUGA